UUCCUCUUUUAAACACACUACUGAAUCCUAUAUUUAUUUGCACGUCGACGUUCCCGUACAAUCCCGCGGCGCAUUCAGCAGUAUCUCAAUUUGUUCGUAAAUCAAUAUCGUCUCGAAUACGCCGAGUUUAUUUACAUCUAACUGUAUCUUAAGCACGUCAACAUGACAGAUUCAUCCACGAUAGACAAUGAUACGCCAGAAUGUCCCAGCGACGCAGUAUCUUUCCCGCUUCAGGAUCUUCCUCCUGAGAUCCGAGAGUUGGUCUGGAUAAUGGCCGCCGAGCAGGCUGCAGACGCGUUCAGACACAAAUAUCCCGACUUCAACCGCUUCUGGUCCGCUCAGCACAGGCCCCCCUAUAUUUAUUUCACAGCGGACACGAUAGAUAAUAGGGGUGAUUCCUAUCCUUCCAUUGUACGGGACUUGCGAGGUUUCUUCUGGCCGCUCUUUCUAACGAAUACGGAGAGCCACGCAAUCGUCAGCCGAUAUAUCUCGAUGUUCCACCAACGAAGAAAGGCGCCCCAACUCACUCUCAAUUUCGUUGAUAUAUUCACUCUAGGACAAGCUUUGCUUGACUACAUCAUCCAGUUUUCAAGACGAUCGACUGAGGCACUAAGAAGCAAAGCUACCAUAGAAUUUACUGGUCGCUAUCCCGCGGUGCUACAAGCCGCUUUCGAAGACCAGUUGGAAGAAAUUGCCUCGGUCAUGAACGUGUCGAUCCGCGCUUCGAUGUUCGCGAAACCCGAGACCAACCAAGCGCGUCUAUUAAUGCUGCUUCAAUUUAUAAACCUGAAGAGAGUGUACAUCGAUGUAUGGGGCCUGCGCCAUUGCGAUUACGAAAACCUCUAUCGCGGCCAAGUAGGCGUGUUCGUAGAACUGAGCAAGUUCCGUAACGGCAAAUUUAGAAUGAAGUACAACGACUUCGACAGCUUCUUCCAAGCGUACCGAGACAGUUCCGGCAGGUUCGGCGGAGACGCUGAUGCUCGUGAGCUCGCUCGUGUAGCUACAGGCGUAUGGGAAGACGUGCAGGCAUAGGAGCAGCGGGCCUUGCGCAAUUUCCUCGAGAUGCUAGACGCAUUCACCAAGAAAGACAUCGAGUGCGUCGUUGUCUGCCCCUGUAUGGUGAACGAUGCAGCUCACCUUACUUCAGAGCAGCCUUGAAGGAAAUGCCUGGUUGCUGAGAGGGCAUGUUUUAGGACUGCGUUAGGAUAUGUGGAUUGUGUUGCGCGGAGAAUUUGUACGAUAAAUGAUUAAAUCUUCUCUCGGGGUUCGUGGUGUUGAGCAUUCUGCUUAUCCUCGUUUGAUUGGUAUGCUCUCUUUAGGCAUGUCAACUUGUAGUAGAAUAGCACCCCGAGCAUUAUAGGUAGAUUACAUUAGGUAGUCAUGACUCUUAAUGUUAAUUGGCAUCUCUAGUAUGA